AUGUUCUCUUUGGCGAAGAUCUGCGGCCUGGCCUUGGUGCAGCAGUUUCUGGCCUCCUCCCCGGAGGAAGCUGGCCUAGCGGUGGACGACGACUGCCGUGAUGCGGAGACCUGUGCGCUGAACGCGCUGCAGCUGUCCCGCAAAAGGUGCGACUUCGACUUCGAGACGGACGUCCAGCAGCCCAUGGUGAAGAUGACUGACGAGAUCGAGGCGCUGAACAACCGCCUGGUGGUGCUGGUGGCGCGGGCCAUGCGCACCUCCUUCAAGGACGACUUCUCGAAGCUCGUGGGCGCCACCGCGGAGGCGGUAGGGGUCAUCGAGCGCAUCACGCCCAAGUUCAUGUUGAUGGUGAACAAGACCAGCGCUGUGCUACCGGACAAGGGCAUCAAGAACUUUGGGAGCGCCGCGGAGAGGGAGCAGCACGCCCUGCUGACGAUGCAAAACUUUGCCAUCGGCCACGCUGGGGAGAUCAUGACCAACAUCGCGACGAUGCGGGACCUGCACAAGGAGAACGCCUCCUUCGCCUCGGACGUGAACGGCGUGGCGCAGCUGGCCCAGGAGUGGCUCCAGGGGGUGCUGAAGACUGCCUGGGCCGACGCCGCGGAGCAGCUGCCCCGCAUCAACGCGCUGGUGAAGGAUGAGUACACGAACACUUCGCAGAUGGUCACCGAGGCCGCCUGUGCAGCGAACACGGCCAGCUCCAUCGCCCAGCUCACCUCCCUCUAUGCGGCCAUCGUGUCGGCCGGGGCGGACUGCAAUGCAACCAACAAGACCAUGUUCAGUGUGGAAGACUGCGAGUCCAGCGCGCUCUCCGUGCAGUCAGGCAUUGCCAAGGUGAUCACGGCCUCGGCCAAGAUGAUGUCCAACUGCUACCAGAGCUCUUGGGUCUGCUCCAACGAGGCCAACUCCGCCACCUACGGGCUGCUCAAGGCCUACAUCUCCACCAUCGUGGUGAAGGACUCCUGCCGCUCCAGCGAUCCCAUCGCGCUGGCGGUCUGCGAGAGUGAGUCCUUCAAGCUGGUCUCCACCCUGGGCGUGGCCGCCGGGCACAUGCGCAAGGAGCUGUCGCUGCUCCGCGCGCGCUUCGACCUGCGCCUGGACGCCGAGCGCCUGCGCACGCAGGUGGCCACCGAAGAGCUACAGAAGGCCUGCGAGGCGGCGGUGCGCGCGGAGCACGCCUCGGCGACCAGGCAAGUGGCGGCCACGCGUGCUGAGCUGGCGGAGGAGAUGGGCACCUACCGGGCCAACGAGGCGGCGGCCUUCCAAGGGCUGCGGGCAGAGGUGGAGGCUCAGAAGGCGAGCGCGGACUCGGAGCAGCGGCGCCACGCGCGCCAGGAGGCCGCGCAGGCGGCGCGCCUGGAGUCGGCCGAGGCAGGCGCAGUCCUAGCGCGGCAGGAGGCGGCCGCGGCCGUGGAGUCUGCCCAAAGAGAAGUGGACGCGGUGAAGGCUUCCUUCGAGCUGCGGAGGGAGGAGCAGGUGGCGGAGGUCGUCUCGCGCUUUGAGGGGGAGCACUUCCGCCUCUCCGUGGAAGCGGCCCAGGAGGCGCAGCGGCGCGCCCAGGCCGAACAGGAGGCUGCGGAGCUGCGUGCAAAGCUGGACAGUCUGCGUUGCGCGCUCGCGAAGCGGGCGGAGGAGGUGUCGGAGAUGAAGGAGUUGUGCGAGGCGCGGCCGGCUCCGGAGCCCCCGGAGCCCAUGCCGCCCAUGGAGCCCAUGGAGCCCAUGGAGCCAAAGGAGCCAACGGAGCCGGAGCCGAGGUCGGAAGGCGCGCCCAGCGCGCCCAGCGCGCUAAGCGACACGGACCUGGCGAGAGAGGGCCAAAGUCUGAGGCUCUGCGACCUGGAGUCCAGGCUGAUGUCCCACGCCGCGGACGAGUUCGCUCGGCUCAGCUUGCUGGAAGACCAGUUCCGCCGCGCCUUGGCGUCGAAGAACGACGUCAUCGACGAGCUCAAGGACGAGCUCGGGCGCCGGGAGGCGGAGAUCUUCGAGGCCCGCGGCAUCCUCGCGACUUUGGCCCGGCGGUCAAAAGCGAAGAGCGUCGCGGGGAAGCGGCGAGACCCUCCGCGGCUGAUCCGCGCGGAGGUGAGCCCCACGGGCAAAGCCGGGGCUUUGCUCCAAGCCUCGGUGGCGCCGGAGGUGCGAGGCGCGCGUCACGCAGGCGUCGCGGUCCUUGCGGACCUUCACUUCGAACGGAGAUACCGAAAACAGAUCGAGAGCGUGAGGUGCUACGCGCAGAAGCAAGGUUACGACCUUUGGCUCCUGCGCGGCACGGAGUUCCCGGCCUGCGAGCGGCUUUUUGCGCCUGCCGACUUCUUCUUCCUGAAGCACUGCGCCGCUGCGGGGCUUCUGGAGCAACAAGCGCCGGAGUACGCCCUGGCGGUGCUUGACGCCGACGUCAUGCCCGUAGUGAUGGAUCGCGGCUUAGACGCCUGGAUGGGCGGGGGCGACCUCCAGUUCUACGAGCGAAUCGCCGGCGAGGAGAUCAUGGCCGGCAACUACAUCGCCAAGAACAAGCCAUGGGUUCGGAAGUUCCUCCAGAAUUGGGCGGCGCGGCGCUGGUCGCAGCCGGGUGGCUUCAGCAGCGCGGACGAAGGAGCGCUGCACGUGGCGCUGGUGGAGACGCUGGAGGUGAAGGCCCGGCAGCGGGUGGCGGAGCUCUACGCGAACCUCACGGCGCCGGUGGCGGACCUGGAGCCCUACUUCCGCUUCGUUGAGGAGGCGAAGCGGGCUUUGGGCCCGCCGCGGAAAUGGCUCAUGGACCGCACACGGCUGGGGCAGGAGCACAACUGCCGAAAGUGCGUGCUGGCCAUUUGGCCGCGCAUGAGCUUCUUUGUGGACGACGGGGUCUACCUCAACAGGCAUGGCUCGCGCCUUGGGCCGGUGAUGCACCACGGCAUCAAGAGCCCCAAGGACGCCAGGCGCUACAUGCCAGGCGCCUGCGAGCUCGGCCGCGAGCUGCUGGUGGAGUCCUGGCAGCUGGGGCAGGAAGCGCUGCAGCUUGCGGAAGGGUACCCCCAUCUCUACCCCAAGGGCUCGGACUGCCAGCUCUGCGCCGGCCGCUGCGUGGCCAACUUCAGCUGCAGGCCGCUCGAGCUUUAG